GAGAUAAUGGAAGAGAUAAUGGAAGAGAUAAUGCUUAAAGAAACCUGGCGUGUAAAAAUUCCUUUCUAUUUGUAGUCGGGUUUUAAUAGACACGUUCGAGACCUCAACUUCAGACAUGACCUGGAUUUAUGUGUUGUUUUGUGUCCUUUUUUGUGGAUCUACGACGGGUUUUUUACUGGACACCAUAACGGGCCACCUGCCCCACCAGGUGUGCUACGGGGACCUGGGCUGCUUCAGUAACGGUAUCCCCUUCCUCAGCACCCACCGGCCCCUGUCAGUAGUACCCGCGAGCCCAGAUACCAUCGGCACUCGCUUCCUGCUAUACACGAGGUUAGUCGGUCUUGAUGUACAACGGUUUGUGAUCGUUUAAGGAGGUCCACUUGGA